AUCGGUACGAACUGGCUAUCCGGUGAGGAGCGAUCCCGGCUUGAGGCCGUGCAGCGGGACUGGCGUCUCAGUCGUCCCUACAAUGCAAAUCCUUGGAUUCGUGCUCGUCAUCGUGAACAAACCCAGGCAGGUGUAGCUUCUGCUGCAGUACCAAAUGAAAAAAAAGCACCUGCAGUUGCUCAAAAUGUACCCACUACCAGUCAGACAAGUAUAUUUGACCGAACACGGUGCGUUUUUUUCACUUUUUUGUGCAGAGUAUCUAUAAUUUAUAUUUGUCCCGAAAAAUCUAAAAGUUCAGCAGUUGCGCAGGCGGCCGUUGGAACCACGGUUGUGGCGACCGACGAACACUUGUCGGCCGAAGUAAAAAUACCAGAAGAAACAUUGCCUGCUGACGAUAGAGAAAAAGAGAGGAGGGAUGAAGAAGUUCGCGCAAAAGAACAGCUUGAAGUUGACGAUGACUUCGACGCCCAGGAGAAACCCAUCGAUAAAAGUCCAAAUGGACGUUUCUUGAAAUUCGAUGAGGAGCUUGGGCGCGGAUCAUUUAAGACUGUAUAUCGCGGGCUUGAUACUGAAACUGGUGUGGCUGUGGCUUGGUGUGAGCUGCAAGAAAGUAAACUGAAUAGGGCGGAGCGACAACGCUUUCGAGAGGAAGCAGAGAUGCUAAAGGACCUCCAGCAUCCAAAUAUUGUAAGAUUCUAUGACUACUGGGAAAGGACAGAUCCUUCAGGAAAGAGGAAGUUACUAAUAUCUCUUACGCACGCUUUAGGUACAUUGUCUUUUACUGUUUGUUUUAAUGGUUCCUGGAAUGAAAUAUUGGGUGAAACCAUUUCCAUUUUCCAGGUGUUGAAGUCAUGGUGUCGCCAAAUUUUGAAGGGUCUAUCAUUUCUGCAUUCUCGCAAUCCGCCUGUUAUUCAUAGGGACUUAAAAUGUGACAAUAUCUUCAUAACAGGAACUACCGGGAGUGUCAAAAUUGGCGAUCUUGGUCUUGCUACCCUCAAAAACAAGUCGUAUGCAAAGAGUGUCAUAGGAACACCUGAGUUCAUGGCGCCUGAGAUGUACGAAGAAAUGUAUGAUGAGUCGGUAGAUGUGUACGCGUUCGGAAUGUGCUUGUUGGAAAUGGUGACCGGAGAAUAUCCAUACACCGAGUGCCAAUUUCCAGCUCAAAUUUACCGAAAAGUUACUACGGGAGUGAAACCGGAAUGCUUUAACAGAAUCCCACAGCAGUACCCAGAGAUUCGGGAGAUUAUCGAUCGUUGCAUCAGAGUGCGACGUGAGGAAAGAAGUACUGUAAAACAGUUGCUCGCAGAUGAUUUCUUCACACCUGAAGAGUUAAUCGGAAUUCGAGUUGAGAUCAAAAACCGCGAUCUCGAUCUUUCUGAGUUAAAUGUGGAGAUCCAGAUGCAGUUGAGGGUUUACGACGAGAAGAAGCGGAAGCAAUACAGAUUCAAAGAGAACGAAGGACUCCAGUUUGCAUUCGAUAUUGAGAAUGAUACAGCUGAAGAGGUUGUCCAACAAAUGAUAGAGCAGCAGCAUAUUCCAGACGAAGACACUAAGAUGAUCACAAAACUGAUUAAAGAUAAGGUAGAGAGCUUCAAGAGGGAUCGCGAAUUCAAAAUUGCGGAACUGAAACGGCAGCGGGAAGAGGAGGAGAGGCAACGUGAAGAACAAGCAAUCAAAGAAGAAAUGAAAGCUCGUGCAAAAGAAAAGGAAAACGCGGCGCGACUUGAAGCUGAACAGAAGGAGGCGGCGGCAGCGGUGGUAGCAUCUACCGCUACUUUGGAUACAGCUCACUUACAUAAUUCACAGCAACCCACUGUGUCGCCGCCUGUAACAUCUUCUACACAGCUUUCAGUUCAACAAACAAUGUCUACAAUCAGUGCUACUACGUCCACUGAAAAAAUAGUUCAAACUGCUGCAGCUCCAUUGGUCUGUGUUGUUUUGUCAUUCAUCAUAGUUCUUCUCUUAAAUUCGAUAUUGCAAAAGAUCAGCCGGUGCAGUUACUUUGUUUUCUUGAAUUAUUUUUUCUUUAUGUGUAAAUGUGUGUAUUUUCAGCUGGUAUCAUGUAAGUUGGACACUGCUCACAAAACGGUUACUUUCCAAUUUGCACCAGAUUCUGAUAGGCCAUCCGUAAUUGCUGAGAAACUGGUAGGUGUGGUUCAAAUCCAGAGAAAUUGUGCUGGUUACUAG